AUGACUGAAACCAGGGCGUCCAUAAGGAGUUUAGAGACUCAAAUAGGGAAGUUGGCUACUUUAAUGUUUAAAAGUGCUCAAGGAAAUUUGCUGAGCACUACAGAAUUUAAUCCUAAGGAACAAUGUCAAGCUAUUACUUUGAGGAGUGGAAUAAGGUAUGAAGGGCCAAAGAAGAAUCUGUCAGAAGAAGAAGUUCAGAAGGGGAAUACACAAGGCAUAGACAAAGAGAAGUCUAAUGAAGAAAAGGUUACCGAAGACCUUAGCAAGGAAGAAGAGGUACCACCUGUGAGUAUUGAGCAUCAUGAGAUUCUGUCUAACAAGAGAAAGAUGGGUGAUUAUGAAACCGUAGCGUUAACAGAAGAGUGUAGUGUGAUUUUGCAAAGGAAACUUCCUCAAAAGUUACGAAAUCCUGGUAGUUUUACUAUUCCAUGUACGAUUGGGGAGUUUGAAUGUAAGCAUGCACUUUGCGAUUUGGGGGCAAGUAUUAAUAUAAUGCCUUUGUCAGUAUUUCGUAGACUUGGUUUGGGUGAAGCUAGGACAACCACAGUAACAUUGCAGCUGGCUGAUAGAUCUGUGAAGCAUCCACGUGGUAUUAUAUAA